GCCAGCGCAAAAAAAAAAAAAAAAAAAAAAACAGGGGAGAAUGAGCGUUUGACAGCUGCCGCUUUGCUCCUUCCAGAUUGUUUCGAAAACAAAAAAAAAAGAAUACAUAUGCAGGAUUUAUUCGCGACAGAUUUCGGAUAGUUGGGACAGUCUCUCUGCGUGGAUGGCCGCUGCCGUGAGGAAUAAUGUUUGGGUCGCUCCGGGGCAGGACGCGCAGUUUCUCCACAAAACCGCCGCCGCACCGCUGACAGCCGACGGUCUGAGAGGUGAAGAUCAUGGACAAGUGCUCUGCAACACGAGGGAUGCCGUCCCGGGAACUUCCACCUUUCAUGAUUACAAUUUGGGUAAAGCAGACAUGGACAGCUAUUUGUGCCCUCACCCACAGGAAGUGAAUCCCAAAAUGCUGUGCAGAGACGCCUCUCUAACGCUGGAGCCUCCCUUCACCGAGGACUUCACCUCCCCAUACAGCGUCAACAUGAGCCUGCUCCUCCCUGACGUCACGUACCUGCACCCCGGCCUCUGUAGGAGCGUGAGGCAGAUCAAAACGGAACCGACACACCCCCUGAUGCACCCCACCUGCCAGGGCAACGGGGCACCACCAGCUCUCCCAGAGUACCCCGGUGUUUUCAGUGCUGCCGACAGCGCUGGCGGUAACUUUUACAUCAAACAAGAAGUGCCAGAUUUCCAGGACGUUCCCCUGUUUCAGCUCCUGAACUCUGAUUUGGAGCAGUUCGUUCACGGAUCGCAGGUGAACUCCAUCCCCGUAGCCCCGCUGAGUCUUCCCAUUGGGAACGUCCACGCGCAGAAUCCUGCUAAGCCCACAAGUGGCCUGCAGAAUGAAUGCUUCCCAUUUAACCGACAUCUAGGCCAUCAGCUGAGAUCCACCUAUUUGCCGCCUUCUCCGCCAAACUCUGAGCCUUCGAGUCCCGACAGGGGCAAAGAGCUCCUUCACAAACUCUCCCCUCCUCCCUCCUACGAAGCCAGCAUCGCCUCUAAGUUUCACACCCAUAAUUCCAUUGAUCUUGGACAAACUUCCAGCGUAGCUCCAAUCCAAAACCAAGACCAAAACUCCACUGCUGGAUUCGUCCAAUGUCCAGGCACUGGGCCAGUCCAGCAGUCCAGAACACCAGUUCAGACCACACCAGGUAUCGGCCCGCUGUCCCCGGUGUUGGCCCAGUCGGCUCCUGUUAAGUACAAUCGAAGGAAUAAUCCAGACCUGGAGAGACGGCGGAUCCACCACUGUGAUGUCCCAGGGUGCAAGAAGGUAUACACAAAGUCUUCUCAUCUAAAAGCACAUCUACGGACCCACACAGGUGAGAAACCGUACCAGUGCUCUUGGGAGGGAUGUGAGUGGCGCUUCGCUCGAUCCGAUGAGCUGACGCGCCAUUUCAGGAAACACACCGGCGUAAAGCCUUUCCAGUGCGGAGUGUGCAGCCGCUGCUUCUCCCGCUCUGACCACCUGGCCCUCCACAUGAAGAGACACCAGAGCUAGAAAAAAAAAAACACAUCAAGUCAGUCUUUUUCUUUAUUUUUCCACUAAACAUGGACUGACACGUACACAUCAGCAAAUAAACAAAAUUUAAAAACUGUGGAUUAUUCCACUCUCUCCCAAGUGGAGAUAUCUGUAGCAGUGCUGGCCCACAAGUAAUUGUUUCUUUUAUUGUGAAAAGAUUAAAUAUUAUUGUUGCCUUAUUUUAUUUCCUCACAAAUGCCUCAACACGGGGUGGAGGAUAUUUGCAAAGGUGUCAGUCAAAAACCAAUAGCCAAAUGUAAUAACGAAAGAAUAUUUGAUCUUUUUAGGCUUUUAUUUUCAUUACAAACAUCAAAUAUCAAUUUUAUAUUUCAGUUUUUCACUGUACAGAUCAUAUCAACACUGUCUCACACACUCAUAUAUUUAAUACAGCAAACUGCUAAGUGCAGAUAUUGUAUGUAGGUAUGCUAUUAACUGGAAGGAAGAGUGUGUCGUUUUAGCCAGCAGGUCAAAGGACUGAUAGUGUAAGUGUGUAUUCUAGGAAGUAACAGCAGUAAGUUAAAGUGAACAAGUGGUGGGUUUCUUUAAAGAUGCAGCAGCUGGAUAAAUACUGGAGUGAGCCAUGUGGUGAGCCGGAUUUAUGAGUUAGAUAACCUUACUCAAAUUAACAUCUAUAUUUACUCAUUUCACUGGAAUAAAUGGAAGACAAUGGGUUUGACAUGUUAAUGGUAUUUAUGUGGACUGCAUUCUUCUUAUUAUUUUUUUUACAUCUAUGCUCCAGCAUCGUAGCAAAGAUAUGUCAACAACAAAGAGCGUUAACGGUCUUUCAGGACUUCUGUUAACACUGUACAAUUUAAUUUCGGAACUGGAAGGUUGAACUUGUUGUUAUAACUUCAGCCACACAGCAAUAUUCACAGCAAACAUAAUUUGCAGCUUUGUGAACUUAUUUUCUUUCCUUUUUAUUGUCAUCAUGGUCAAAUCAAGACGUUGUUUUGGCUGCAAAUUAAUAUUUUUAUUAUUAUAUUUAAGACGUUUUUUUAGACUGAGCACCUGCCGGUCUGAACUACUCUCCACAUGUGCCUUUAACUGCUUUUCUGGAUGAAUGAAAAACAAAGCUGCCCCCGUUGGGACAAUGUUCUCUUAUCAGGUACUCUGUUGGCUCUCUCUCCUUAUUUCCACGAUAUAGCCGUCUCUAUUACAUGACCAAAUUUCUUUAUAAUUUCAAUAUGGUUGAGCAAAAUUAUUUCUUUCUGUAAUUUAGGAUGUAUAUAUUUUGUAUCGGCUGUUUAAGGAUGCAAUGAUUUAUCUUUAUUUUUCUUUUUAAAUUGAGAUUUUAGUCCAAGAAAGAUGGCGUUACAGGAUGCUGUUACAGUCUAAACUGUUAUCCAGCCAAGAGAGCGGCUCAGUGGAUUAUAAGCCAAUGAGUUACUGCAAUACUGCUAAAAUAUGAGUAUUACAAUAUUUUGUGUCAAAGCUUAACAUAAACAUGUAGCCGAAAAUUGAUGUCCAAUGGAGCCAUGUGACCCUCACAGUGCAAAUAAAAGUUUUUGUGUUGAA